CCCGCGCCCGCGCCCGGGUUCCCACGGCGCCCGCCCCCGCGCGCCCGGCGCCUCCCUCACGCCCGCCCUCCUCGCCGCCCAGCCGGUCCAGGCCUCUGGCGAACAUGGCGCUUGUCCCCUGCCAGGUGCUGCGGAUGGCAAUCCUGCUGUCCUACUGCUCUAUCCUGUGUAACUACAAAGCCAUCGAAAUGCCCUCACACCAGACCUACGGAGGCAGCUGGAAAUUCCUGACGUUCAUUGAUCUGGUUAUCCAGGCUGUCUUUUUUGGCAUCUGUGUGCUGACUGAUCUUUCCAGUCUUCUGACUCGAGGAAGUGGGAACCAGGAGCAAGAGAGGCAGCUCAAGAAGCUCAUCUCUCUCCGGGACUGGAUGUUAGCUGUGUUGGCCUUUCCUGUUGGGGUUUUUGUUGUAGCAGUGUUCUGGAUCAUUUAUGCCUAUGACAGAGAGAUGAUAUACCCGAAGCUGCUGGAUAAUUUUAUCCCAGGGUGGCUGAAUCACGGAAUGCACACGACGGUUCUGCCCUUUAUAUUAAUCGAGAUGAGGACAUCGCACCAUCAGUAUCCCAGCAGGAGCAGCGGACUCACCGCCAUAUGUACCUUCUCUGUUGGCUAUAUAUUAUGGGUGUGCUGGGUGCAUCAUGUAACUGGCAUGUGGGUGUACCCUUUCCUGGAACACAUUGGCCCAGGAGCCAGAAUCGUCUUCUUUGGGUCUACAACCAUCUUAAUGAACUUCCUGUACCUGCUGGGAGAAGUUCUGAACAACUAUAUCUGGGAUACACAGAAAACUGCCAAACUAAAGUAGGUGGGAAGCCAUUUUCCCUCUCUAGGUCAAUGAAUACCCCCCCGUUCUCCACCCGCGCUUUUGAAGAUUCCAGCACUGCUGCCAAGUCAACCCAUCUGCAGGAGAACGCUUUGGAAAAAACAGACUUUAAAAAGAAAAGCAAACUGCUCUUAGCCCCUGAUAGCUUCUCCACAGGAGAGGGAAUAUGGACAGAGCUGAGGUUCAAGACACAUGUGCUGUUUGAGCUGAAUCUGUGCUGUUUUCUUCUUUCCGUGGUUACCCAACAACGAAGGCGUGUUGUACCUUCUUGCCUUCAAACCUGUUCCUCCUCCCGUCAGAUGUCCCUACUCCUCAAUUUGAAGUUUUCCUUCAUAGGAUUUCUGAGGACUUUGGAAAAAGUGCUCCAGAUCUCUGCCGGUUCCUUAGCCAUGAAAACCAAACAUAAAAGAUCAUCUGGGGACAUUCGUUCAGAGCACGUUACCCACAUUCCACCACCACUACUCUGACAGCACAAAACAUAUACCAGGAGCUGGGGUUAUGUGGUGGGGGAGUCCUUUCUAUUGUAAGCCCUAAUAUUAUGACCCUCUGGGGUUAAAUUUUGUAAUUUUCAUAUUGUGGAGUCCCAUAUUUUGUUCUACUGCUUUCCACUAGUCCAGGCUUCUGAGGUCUUCUCUGUGUUCAUUGCUUAUUAAUUUUAUUCAACAAAGAUUAAUUGAGCUCCUGCAAUGAGACACACACACUAUGUUAGGUGCUGGGGAACAAAAUAGGGAAGGGCCCUACCCUCAGAAAGCUUGCAAUUUAUGAAAGAAUACUAACAAAACCUGCAAAGUGGUAUUUUAAGUUAUUUUGUUUCAUUUUUGCUAUUGAAACAAAGAAACUGAGAAUUUGGUAUGAUUCAAAAAAUGUUUAGGUACAAGAAAAAGAAAAAAGCAAGAAGCACUUGCCAGAUUUAACUAUAAUUCCUAAAAAUGAUGAACAUUUGCAUCUUCAGGAACAUGAAACAUCAUCGACUAUUCUCUACAGACAAUAGGCAGAGGUUCUUACUGGUCCAGUACAUACAAGUCCUUCAGGAAGAAAAACAUGAUUCUACCAGGAUUGGGUUGAAUAGAGAGAGAAUUGCAGUUUAAGAUUCAUGAGUAUGGAAAUAAACAGCUCUUAUGGCUAAUAAACUCUCUAUGAACUUUAAAAAGAAAACAAGAAAAAAAAAAAGCAUGGCUUUUUAAAAUCCAAAGUCCUUGCCUUAGGAAGAGACAGGACUAAAGUAAAAAUAAAUGAAGUCUGUUUGAAACUCAUGAGUUGCACACCUCAUGUUGCCAGAAGCUGGUUUAAAAAGCAGUCUAGCUGGGAUUUCCAUGCAAACUCAGCAAGUCAUGAAUCAACUUGAAGCCUUGUCUCCCAGAGGCCAUAGGAGCUGGGUGUGUCCCAGAGAUGCUGUGUCCUGAUUCUGUGGAAAGGGUGGGGAAGAGAGGUCACUGAGGAUGUUUCUGGAGAAAGUUGUGCAUGGCUUUCCUUCUUAGCUAGGAGGGAAUAGGGGGUGUGUCAGGAGGGUGAAUGGGAGAAGUGAGGGCAGAUGAGUGGAUGUGUGAGUAGUGUUAGCAAACCAGAUUAAACAAACUGCUUGUGGUUUAAUCUGAUGCUCAAAUAAAACACUUUGCCUGUAUUUCUAGGUAUGGAAGAAGAGAAAGAAAAGCCUAAAUUGGAAUGAGAUCCAAGUCUAAACGCAAGAGCUAGAUUGAGCCGCCAUUGAAGACUCCUUCCCCUCGGGCAUUGGCAGUGGGGGAGAAAAGGCUUCAAAGGAACUUGGUGGCAUCAGCACCCCCCUCCCCCAAUGAGGACACCUUUUAUAUAUAAAUAUGUAUAAACAUAGAAUACAGUUGUUUCCAAAAGAACUCACCCUCACUGUGUGUUAAAGAAUUCUUCCCAAAGUCAUUAUUGAUAAUAACAUUUUUUCCUUUUCUAGUUUUAAAACCAGAAUUGGACCUUGGAUUUUUAUUUUGGCAAUUGUAACUCCAUCUAAUCAAGAAAGAAUAAAAGUUUAUUGCACUUCUUUUUGAGAACUAUGUUAAAGUCAAAGGGGCAGAUAUAGAGUAAGGCUUUUGUGUAUUUAAUCCUAAAGGUGGCUGUAAUCAUGAACCUAGGCCACCAUGGGAACCUGAGAGGGAAGGGGACAGAUGUUUGUCAUUGCAUAAUGUCACAGUUGCCUCAAAUGAGCACCAUUUGUAAUAAUGAUGUCAAUUUCAUGAAAAGCCUGAGUGUAUUGCAUCUCUUGAUUUAAUCAUGUGAAACUUUUCCUAGAUGCAAAUGCUGACUAAUAAAGACAAAGCCACCCUGAA